GCUGCUGCUAAGGGAAGAUGAAAGGUACCUUGCUAUUGGCUGGCUCCUCUUAGCAGGGAAGGCAGGUGGUGAGACCGGGGAGGAGCUGCAGCCAGGACUUCCUGAAGACCAUCGUCUCAGCCCAGGGUCUCCCGUUGAUGUUGACCCCUCUGCGAUGGCGGUGACCGAGAAUGUGUCCAGCUGCUCCCUGAGCGCCAUGUGGGACUGGUCACACCUGUCACUGUCGGGGACGCCGCCAACUGUGUGUCUGUUAGAUGCCGCAGCUGACCUGCUGGUGCUGGAAAGGAACUUUGCCGGAGCUUUGGCGCUGUGUGAAAGAGGUCUGCAGAUCUUAUCAGCGGAUGACGGAGACACAAAGAGUGGACAAGUGAAGGCCUCGCUGUGUGUGAUCGGGAUUCAGGCCCUGGCCGAGAUGGAGCAAUGGAGGGAGGUCCUGCCCUGGCUCUUUCAGUAUUACCAGAGCGCACAGGAGAUGCCACACAACAUCAUGGAGCUGUGCCUCCUCCUGUACAGCAGUGUGAAGCAGCCCCAUGUGAUGCUAGAACUGAGCCGUGAUUGGCUGAGAGAUCCCAAGAACCAGCUCCUGCCAGGGUACCAGAAAGUGUCAGAGCUUCAUCUCCUGCGUAUUCUGCUCCCCCUUGGUCUCUUGUCAGAGGCUGAGGAGCUGGCACGGGACCCCAGAGCAUUCACCACGCAGCAACAGGAAGUGGUCCUCACAGCCGUGGCUGAAGAGAGGAGGCGUCUAAAGCAGGCGGAGGAAGAAGCUGAGAGAGAGAGCCUGGGGGAGCCAGACUCUCCUUCAGGGGCAGGACAUUUGCCGGCAAGACGGGAGCAUGUGGUGCGGUGCCUCUAUGGAGCACUGAGCGUGGUGGUGACAUGGGUUCGCAGGAUUCCAUUACAUCGUGUCCUGGUGGCUCUUCUUCUGAUGUCCGUCAUCCUGCUGCGACUGGAUCCAGCUUCUCCAUUGUCCCAGGGUCCUAUCGCUCAUUUGCUUCUCCUACUGCGACAAAUUGCCACCAACACCUUUAAGAAUUCACCGCCAAGUCAGCCGUGAGCAGCUGUAAAGAAAUUCCUGCGCAAAAGUGGUAAUUCAGUUGUACAAUGUACAUGGAAUAUUGUGGGCUGAUUUACAGCUGGAUUCUUAUAUCUUCUGAGGACUGCAGAAGUGAGACCUCCCAUCCAUAGUUCUCGGGUUCUGUUCCUGCCCACCUGAGGUUUUUGGGUAUUCCUGUCCACCUUUGUGCAUCCCUCCUCUGACAUUCUCCAUAAUAUAAAAUGAAUGGCACUACCAGCAGGCAUGGUGUGAUACAGAAAUGUGAGUUUUAAGUGGACUGUUCGUCAAUGACAUUCCCAAAUGCCACUGGAACACAAAGGGCUUUGUUCAUGAAAUGUGUCCCUAGUCCCUGUGUUGCCUUGGUUGCUAUGGGCAGCACCCUUUGAAUUCAGAUGUGGCCAGCCAAAUAUCCUUUUCAGACCCACUACAGCUACGGACUAGAUAAUUCCUGCAAUAAUUGUUUAAAUCAAAUGUAACAAAGUUCUAAAAUGAUAUGCGAUUGCGUCCAUGAAUGUAAUUUUGUUGUUUACGUGUCAAUAAAGUUUUUUUGAAUGAGAA